AUGGAAAUGAAAGGUGCUACCGAUGUAAUGUGCGAUAAUAGCAGUCAAAAAGAUUUAGAGCAUGAAGUCAUGCCAAAUGUUUAUUUAUUGGAACGUACUGAUCAAAUCACUGAAUUACACACAAUAUUAAUGGACAAGCAAACAAGUCAUUCCGAGUUUGUAUUCUAUGCAGAUCGCUUGAUUAGACUACUUGUUGAAGAGGCAUUAAAUCGACUUCCUUAUAAGGAAAUUGAAGUGCAAACUCCAGCAAAUGUAAGGUACAAAGGUAUUGCCUUUUGUCGUGGAAAUUGUGGUGUAUCUAUAUGUCGGAGUGGGGAAGCAAUGGAGCGAGCCUUACGGCAGUGCUGCAGGUCGGUGCGUAUUGGUAAAAUGGUAAUAGGUGAUAAUGCAAAAUUACUUUAUGCUCGACUUAUGACUGAUAUCAUGAAUCGAAGGGUGCUACUUCUUCACCCUUUACUCAGUGCAGGCGUUGCUGUCAAUAAGGCCAUUUCGGUACUAAAGGAUAAUGGUGUACCUGUAAAAAACAUUCUAUUGCUUUGUUUGUUCGCAACGCCUUCUGGUAUCAAACAAGUGAUGAGUCAGCAUUCAGAAGUUUCUAUUCUCACAAGUGACAUUAAUACUUUGGUACCAUUUUGGUUCACGACUAAAUACUUUGGCACAGAUUGA